AUGAGUUCUGACGCUUCCACAUACAGACUUGAGGAUGUCUUAUCCAGCUUCUACAGAGUAGAGAAAAUUAAAAAGAUCAACUAUCACCAGUACAUUUCUAAAACACAAAGUGAUCAAUGGUCUAUUCAAAUGGAAUUCAUGUUGCGGAAGCAGGACCCAAAGAAUCUAGUUGCACUGCUUUCGAGGGAUUUGUGGUGCUUCAGUAUAAAUGAUGAUCCGGUACCGACACCUCCCGUGAUAGAACAUAAACCAGUGAGCCCAGAUAAAGUCGGGACUUUCACUGCCGAUUAUUCUAAGCCAAACUUACCGCCACAUUAUGCUCUUUUUUUAAAAGCUCUAAGAAGAAAAAUUUACAUUAAUUUGGCAUUAGGCUCACACAAUAAGCUGAUACAAUUUGGGAAUGCCUGCAUAUCAUUGAGCGGAGCGCCGAAUUAUCUCGUUCAGUUAGAACCACACCUUUUUGUAAACGGAGACCUCACAAUAUCGUUAUGUGCUAAGAAUAUGGGCUUAGUACCGAUGAAGGAGGAGAAUUUAGAAGAAUCUUUUCUUCUAAAACAUGCACUUUAUUUAGCACCAUCUGGAAUAAGGAUGCAUUUAGUGCCUGCUUCCAAGCAAGGAUACUUGAUCAAGCCACCAAAGCAUACUGAGCUUCUCUUGACGACGUUAAGUGUAUCUCAUGGUAUAAACUUGCAGAAUAAAAAAAAUUUGAAAUGGGUUGCUGUUAUUCCUGACUUGGGGCACCUUAACGGCCACACACCUACUAUAGCUUCAUAUUUAACUCCACUACUUGAAGCCAAAAAACUGGUAUGGCCAUUGCAUUUAAUCUUCGCUCAGCCAGUAUCCGAUAUAGAAAAUUCUGCUUCCGGAGAUCCAUCAGAAUUUCACAGCUUGCAAGAUGCACUCGAUGCUAUUGACGAUUUUAUACAAUUAAAGCAAACAGCUGCCUAUAGGACUCCAGGAAGCUCUGGGAUUUUGAGCAGUAACAUUGCUGGUACAAAUCCCUUAAGCUCAGAUGGUGCAUAUACAGAACAGUUUCAACAUUAUAAGAACAACUCAAUCAGUUCUCAACCCGCUUCUUAUCAUUCUGUUCAAGAGACUAAUAAGAUAUCUCCAAAAGACUUCUCCCCUAAUUUCACAGGCAUUGAUAAAUUGAUGCUAUCACCAAGCGAUCAAUUUGCUCCAGCUUUCUUGAAUACUCCUAAUAAUAACAUCAAUGAGAAUGAACUAUUUAAUGAUAGAAAACAGACUACAGUAUCGAAUGAUUUGGAAAACAGCCCACUAAAAACUGAGCUGGAGAUGAAUGGCAGAUCACUGGAAAAGAUUAAUAAUUCUGUGAGCAAGACAGGAAGCGUAGACACUAUUCCUAAUAAAGAGGGAACACUGGAACAACAAGAACAAACCGAAAAUUUGUCAAGUGAUAAAAGUGACUCUAUGGUAGAUAAAGAAUUGUUUGGUGAGGAUGAGGACGAGGAUUUAUUUGGCGAUAGCAAUAAAUCGAAUUCUGCAAAUGAAUCCAACAAAAGUAUAUCUGAUGAAAUUACCGAAGAUAUGUUCGAAAUGUCUGAUGAAGAAGAAAACAAUAAUAAUAAAAGCAUUGACAGUAAUAACAAGGAAAUGCGUUCUGAUCUUGGUAAAGAUAUGCCAUUUUUUCCGCCAUCUGAGAAACCAAAUAUUCGUACAAUGAGCGGAACAACAAAAAAAAUAAAUGGAAAGAGAAAGUAUUUGGAUAUUCCGAUAGAUGAAAUGACAUUGCCCACUAGUCCGUUAUAUAUGGACCCGGGUGCGCCACUUCCUGUAGAAACACCUCGCGAUAGACGUAAAAGUGUGUUCGCUCCGCUGAAUUUUAACCCUAUAAUAGAGAACAAUGUUGAUAAUAAAUACAAAUCCGGAGGGAAAUUUUCGUUUAGUCCGUUACAAAAGGAGGAAGCAUUGAACUUUGAUAUUUCCACAGCAGAUCUUUCUAGCUCUGAAGAAGAAGAGGAUGAUGAAGAAGAGAAUGGUAGCAGUGAUGAGGACCUCAAGUCAUUGAACGUUCGCGACGACAUUAAGAUUUCCGAUAACAUCAGUGCCAAUAAUAAUAUUCAUGAGCCCCAAUACAUAAAUUAUUCUUCGAUCCCAAGUCUACAAGAUUCAAUCAUAAAGCAAGAAAAUUUCAAUUCGGGAAACGAUGCUAACAUCGUUGGAAACAAGGAGGGAUUUAAUUCUAUUUGGAAGAUUCCUCAAAAUGAUAUACCACAGACGGAGUCACCACUAAAGACUGUUGAUUCAUCUAUUCAACCCAUAGAAACCAAUAUGAAGUUGGCCCUCGAAGAUAACAAUGUCACCAGUAAUCCGUCCGAAUUUGCGUCGAAUACGGUAAAUUCAGAAAUUUCUAACCUACCAAAAGACAAGAGCGGGAUCCCUGAAUUUACACCGGCGGACUCCAAUUUACCCAUUGAAUCAUCAAGUAGCUUACCCUUUCUAUUGAGACACAUGCCGCUAGCGUCUAUACCGGACAUUUUCAUUACGCCUACUCCAGUUGUUACGAUAUCAGAAAAGGAACAAGAUAUUCUAGAUUUAAUUGCGGAACAAGUGGUCACUGACUAUAAUAUUUUGGGAAACCUAGGAAUCCCGAAGAUUGCUUAUAAAGGAGUGAAAGAUUGCCAAGAAGGUUUAGUAACAACUACGAUGUUGCAGUUAUUUUCCACUUUCGAUAGGUUAAACGGCAAUGAUACGAUCUCCAAAUUCUACAAUAUGAAGCAGCCGUACGUUUUUGUGAAGAAACAUCACGAACUAAUCAAAGUUAAACAUGACUCUCAACCAUUUAUUAAGUUUCUCAAUUUCCGCCCCCCAAACGGCAUAAAAAACUUCAAAUCUUUAUUAUUGAGCUCAUCUUUCAAAGAAGAUUGUCUGUCAUUUGCACCAACUCUAUCUCAAACAUAUAUUAAUCAAGAAUUAGGGUUUUGCGAGCUGCUUAAACUAACCAAUGAAGAUCCACCCGGACUAAUGUAUUUAAAGACAUUCGAUAAAAAUAAGUUAUUAUUGCUAGCUGCACAGAUUGUUUCAUACUGUUCUAAUAAUAAGAACUCCAUCAAAAGUGUACCACCAAUAUUGAUAAUAUUACCCUUGAAUAAUGCAACUCUGACCGAAUUAGUGGACAAGGCGAACAUUUUCCAAGUGAUCAGGAACGAAGUUUGUGCCAAGAUGCCCAACAUUGAACUAUUUUUGAAAGUUAUUCCUAUGGACUUUAUUAGAAAUGCACUGGUGACAGUGGAUCAGUAUGUUGAUGUAGCAAUUUCUAUAUAUAACAUGUUACCGCCAAAGUCCAUAAAGUUCACUCACAUUGCGCAUACUUUACCAGAAAAAGUAAAUUUCAGAACCAUGCAGCAACAGCAAAAGCAACAGCAGCAACAGCAGCAACAGCAGAAUAACAGUACAGGAUCAUCUUCUAUAAUCUAUUAUGACUCGUACAUCCACUUGGCGUAUUCGCGUAGUGUAGAUAAAGAGUGGGUUUUUGCAGCUCUGUCAGAUAGCUAUGGGCAGGGCAGUAUGACGAAAACCUGGUACGUCGGGAAUUCCAGGGGAAAAUUUGACGACGCAUGUAACCAAAUAUGGAAUAUGGCUCUAAAUUUGGCGUCUAAAAAAUACGGAAAAAUAUGUCUAAUUUUAACUAGAUUGAAUGGCAUACUACCAGAUGACGAAUUAAUGAAUUGGAGAAGACUAUCCGGCAGAAAUAUACAUCUUGCUGUGGUAUGCGUUGAUGACAACUCUAAAAUCUCAUUCAUUGAUGAGGAUAAAUUAUAUCCUAGCUUCAAGCCGAUCUACAAAGAUACCAGGUUUGGAGGGCGCAUGGAUAUGACCAGAUUAGACGACUAUGAAAUAAGGGACAUAGACCAGGACAUCCAUGGUGUAGUAUUCCAGCACCCAUUUCCUCUGGCGCAUUCACAGCAUCGCUGUGCUAUCAGGAGUGGUGCCUUGAUCAAAUUCAAGAAAUGCGACGGCGAUACCGUUUGGGACAAAUUCGCAGUCAACCUCCUGAACUGUCCACAUUCUGAUAGCACGCAAUUGCUGGAAACCAUCCUAGAAGAGUUUCGCAAUCUAGCUGCCCUAAACGUGUGGUACGGCCUCUCUGAUGGCGCAGAUGGUCACAUCCCAUGGCAUAUCCUAGCCGUGAAAAAAAUGAUGAACACUCUUGUGCACACCAGAGUCAAAAUUGCUAAUACUACCACCGCCACUGGUCAUACCGCCCCUUCUUCAUCAAUUACUCUCUUGGAUAAAUAA